GGCUCCCACCAUUCUGAGCUAAGCUUUGCUCAUUGUUGGUGGCAGCGUUGAGCAGAGCUUGCCCUCGACGUCGACGUCGUCCUGCUCACCUAUUACGCCAGCUUCCCCCAUUUCUCGUCGUUUUCGUCCUCGAUUUUCCAGAUAAUACCACACCGAGCUGUAUCAAUCACUAUCAGCCUCGCUUACUUUUCUGUUUUUUCAUCCCCACUUCCCUCCGUUGUUCCUCCACCUUCGUCAUUAAAUGAACCGUCCUCCAGAAAUGAUGCGACAGGGCGGGAUGCCCCAAAUGCUCGGCCUCGCUGGUGGUCCUUUCAUGAAUCCCCAGCAGACUGGUCUCCCACCAGGUUCAAAUCAGUCCAGUCAUCCGCCAAUGGGCAUGCUUACGGGAAGUCCUUCGAACUCCAAUAAUCGCUAUCUUCAACAGCCCGGUUCUAUGUUGGCAGCUCAGCAGCCCCGUCAUAUGGCUCCUCGUCCUGGUCAAAACGGACCACCUAUGAACCUCGGUGCCGUGCCUGGCCAGAUGAACAACAUGAACAUGGGUGGCCUCAAUUUUCCACCGAAUAUGAUGCCCGGUAGUUCUGGACCUACGAACCAGAUACGUCGUGUAAACUCGCAAUCCUCGAUGAAUCCUGGUACGAUGGGUUUGGGUAUGGGUCAGAGCAUGGGUAACCCUUCGAUGGGUAUGGGUAUGAAUCCACAGAACUUGCCUCCAAAUGGGAUACGACAAGUUGGUCAACCUCUUCCAGGUCAACAACCUCAAUCUUCGAUGCGAGGCCAUAUGGGACCUGACGGCACUAUGUCUAUGAACCGUCCUAAUACGCUGGCGAACCAAAACAUGAAUAACAUCGGCCGACCUACGGCGAUGCCUCUCAUGGGUAGUCUCAAUCCACCGCAACCUUCGCUUGCGCAGACUGGCAUUCCUGGGGGUCUUCCUCCUCAUCGAGGAGAGUUUCCUAAUUCUCUCCAACCUCAGCUCUCCUCGUCUCCUCGUCCUACACCGAACAUGUCAAUGGCUGGUCCAGGGUCGUCGCAAUCUCAAAUGAACCGUCGAACACCAGAUAAUAAUAUGUUCAUGCCUAACUACGGGAGUAAUCCCAACUUCCCUCAAGGAUCACCAAACCGAAUAUCCAAUGGUUACCCUUUCGGCGGGCCCAGUUCUCCUCCCAACCAGAUUGAGAUGUCGCAAUCGUUACCCAACAGUCUAGGUAAUACACCUAACAGCGCAUCCAGCCAUCCGACUUUUACAAUGACACCAGCUCAGAAACUGGAGCAGAUGCAUCCAGGAGAAAGUUACGGUCCAUUUGGCAUGCCUCCACGUCAAAAUGGAGUAUCCCCACAUGUGCAACAAUCCCAUAAUCCAUCCCAUACACACCACCCAUCCCAUCGACCACCCUCUUCUCAACAACACCAUUCCCCAUCACAUGCUAGUGACCCAAACAUGAACAUGUAUCCUACUCGGCCGCAGUCCCAACCGCAGAACAAUCCCGUCGGAAGACCACCUUCAUCGCAUACCCCUCGUCCUACUUCACUGCAGUCAUCAUCUCAACACCUAAAUUCAUUGCAGCCGCAACAGCAUCCGCCCCCCAACUCGUCAGGGCUUCAUCAGCCGACAAGGAUACCUUCUCAGAAUAGUGGACCAUCUUCUCAGUCUCUACCUCAAACAGGCCUACGACCCCCUUCGUCUGGAGGUCUUGGGCCAUCAGCAUCCACAGGAUCCUCUGCGCCGCAAUCGGGACCGUCAUCACAACAGCAACCACUGGCUAUUGCUCCGAGACCCCCACAAGCAUCGAACGCCCCUCAGCAGCAUUUGGCACCACAGCAGCAGCAGCAUGCUUCAGGAGCCCCACAUGCCGAGCCUUCUCCACGGGAUGAGCCCUCACCGCCUUCGGCACCAGCUGGGCCUAGCCAGUCAGCUAUCGGCCCUGGGGCUGGUAUGCAAGGACCACCCCCUCCUGGUUAUUCGAUGAUGCGCCCUGGUCAAUUGAAUUCAAUUUCCUCUAUGGCACCCUCAUUGCCUCAUCCUCAUGCCGUCGGGCAUGGACAAGGGCUAUUGAGGCUUAUGCAGUUCAGUGGUGUGUUAGCGAACGAUAGUAAAACGAAACUGCAGUUGUGCUGGUGGGAGGGAUUGGUGCGAGAUUUCUUCACUCCGAAGGCAAUCAUGAAGUACACCUUAUGGAAGGAUAAUCAACGAGCGGAGGCGAAAGUGUUCGAAAUUGGCGUUCCCGUCCUUCCACGGUUUUUUCUCGUAACGGCACAGUCGGGAGUAAAGUCUAUGACGUUGACCCUCGAUGGUGCCCGAGAACGAAUAUACGACUAUGGACACGCUGUUGUUGAAUGCGUUAGUGCGAUAUGGACGUACAGAUUCAGCAACGGAUACACGGUCGCGCUCAAAGGACCGAUGACAGUUCAUGUCGUUCUAACAGCUGCCCAACCGCCGAACGCUGGCGGAAACCCGCAUCAAGCUGGGGGGCAUUACUACCUAAAGUUCGAGAAUUUCGAAUUCGAAGCCAGGAGUCACGAGAAGUAUAUUGCACUGGAGGCCAUCAUAGGAUUGCGGUCCGUGGAGUCACCGAAGAUGGCACGAGGUGGGAGCGGGAGACAUUCUGUCAAUGGAAUGCCAACUUCGGGCUCGAUGGAUAGUGUCGUGGAUCAACAAGAUGAGGAUAAGAAAUGGGAAGAGCCGAGGAUCACGAUUGAACGUGGCAUUAUUCCGGGAGAACCAGUGAAUGCAUUUGGUAUACCACAGGCGACGAUGCGGUGUUUGGAGUUGUCGGAUAGUUGUGCUGACAUGGCUGACCUGAUCACUUUUUCUGCUGAUCAUAAUCUCGGUCCGCUUGAGGCUUUGAGGGCCAUAGGUUUGAAACUGCGUGAUUCAAUACCGCAUUUCCAAGCCAGUCAGAUGAUGAAUGGUUACAAUAACCUCGCACAAGGAAUGAACACCCCUACCACAGCCAAUUUCCCCCUCGGUUCGGUAGUGAACAUGCCAUCCACAAACCUAACUAGCCCUGCAAUAACGUUAUACUCUCCCGCUCCCCCCUCCAUCACAAACCCAAACUCCAUGACCCAGACACCAUCGAUGGCCUCGGCCAUGAGUUCACCGCAGAAUGCCCCAGCGUCUGCACAAAGUUCGCCUCGGAAGCAGCACAAGACAAUUCCCCAACCCAUUCCUUCAGGGUCUAACGGACCAGGAGGAACCACUAUUGGUGUCUCCGGCGCGGCAACAUCCUCGACACCGGGUGGUUCCACACCGUCCAUGGCUCCUGGUACGCUCAAACGGAAAAACCCUGACAAUGAGACUCAAACAAAACGUCCGCAACGAAGACGGAAGGCGGGGGGUUCUUGAAAGUCCUACUCAUUUGAUUGUUGUUUAUUUCUCCUCUGACGGUACAUUAUCUCAUUCUGUGUUAUUUUGUCGUACUGUGCUCUUUACUGUGUCUCCUUUCUGACCUUAUCUCCCGCUUUCCUUGUUUCCCUUCUCUCCUUCAAGUGUCGUCUUGCUCUUAUAUUGACCUGCAAUCGUUAAUUUCCCCUUUCAUCUGUCUCUUCUACCUGGCAUAGAUUGUAACCUAGUUAAUUGGCACCGCAUCGGAUAUCUUACUUUUUUGGCAGGAGACGCUUUGUUUUAUGGUUUUUUUUUGAGCUACGUAUAUUUAUCAUUUGAUGUACUUGUAUAUCUACCAAAUCCGCAUCUCUCAAAUAAGCUUUC